CAGAAUGGGCAAGUUCGCAUGCCACCCGAGGUGACAUGGCAACACCUAGACCCGAGGAACCUCCAGAGCGUGGCCGCCUUUCACCCUUCACAUGGUCUCAGCUUCCCCAGCCCGCAGUUCGGCAAGGAUCGGCUGUCCUUCCGCACCCUGGGCCAGAGCCCUGGCACCAGGCAAGGCUCUGACAUGCGGGAUGCCACGCUGGUCCUCCAGGACCUGAGAGUGGAGGAUGAAGGCAACUUCUCCUGCGAGUUUGCCACCUUCCCCUUGGGCACCAGCCGUGGGGUGACCUGGCUCAGAACCAUAGCCCAGCCCCAGAACCACGCUGAAACACAGGAGGUCACAGUCAGCUCGGAGCCUGUGCCUGUGGCCCGCUGUGUCUCCUCAGGGGGCCGCCCACCUGCCCAGAUCUCUUGGAUCUCGUCCCUGGAUGGGGAGGCCAGAGAAACCGUGGUGCCAGGGCCCUUGUCCGGCACAGACACUGUCACCAGUCGCUACACCUUGGUGCCCUCAAGCCAAGUAGAUGGUGUCAAGAUCACCUGCAAGGUGGAGCACGAGACGUUGGAGGAGCCAGCCCUGCUGCCUGUGAUCCUCUCUGUGCACUACCCCCCCGAGGUCUCCAUCUCUGGCUAUGAUGACAACUGGUACCUCGGCCGCAGUGAGGCCACCCUGAACUGUGAUGUCCGCAGCAACCCGGAUCCCACAGGCUAUGUCUGGAGCACGACUUCAGGCUCCUUACCAGCCUCAGCAAAAGAGCAGGGUUCCCAGCUGCUGAUCCACUCGGUGGAUAAGCUGGUCAACACCACCUUCAUCUGCACCGUCACCAACGCUGUGGGAACGGGCCGUGCCGAGCAGGUGGUCCUCAUUCGAGAGUCCCCCAACACAGCAGGUGCAGGGGCCACAGGUGGCAUCAUCGGGGGCAUCAUCGCUGCCAUCAUUGCUACUGCUGUGGCCGCCACAGGCAUCCUUAUCUGCCGGCAGCAGCGGAAGGAACAGAGGCUGCAGGGGGCAGAGGAGGAGGAUGACCUGGAGGGGCCUCCCUCAUACAAGCCACCAACCCCAAAGACAAAGCUGGAGGAGCCAGAGAUGCCCUCCCAGCUCUUCACUCUUGGGGCCUCAGAGCACAGCCCACUCAAGACCCCCUACUUUGAUGCUGGCGUCUCAUGUGCUGAGCAGGAAAUGCCUCGGUAUCAUGAGCUGCCUACAUUGGAAGAGCGGUCGGGGCCCCUGCUCCUGGGGGCUACAAGCCUGGGGUCCCCCAUCCUGGUGCCUCCAGGGCCACCUAUUGUGGAGAGAGUUUCCCUGGACCUAGAGGACAUAGAUGAUGAUGAGGAAGACUACCUGGACAAGAUCAACCCCAUCUAUGACGCCCUAUCCUACUCUAGCCCCUCUGAUUCCUACCAGGGCAAAGGCUUUGUCAUGUCACGGGCCAUGUAUGUGUGAGCCGCCAUGGCCCUGGCCUCUUACCUCUCACUCUUUGAUCCCUCAACUUUCUGCCAGGAAUCUAGUGCCACCUGAUCUCUGGCCAGGCCACUAGCGGUCAGUGAACACAUGCAUCUUCUGUGACUUCUACCUUGGUGGUUCCACUAUGACUUCUAACCCAUGAUCUCUGACCCGGAGAAACCAGCCAUGGAAACCUGGCAACCAUAUCUCAUAAGUUGAGGGGGUUAUGUUUCUGCACAAUCUCUGACCCAAGGACUCUAUGUGUCCUCAGGCAGUAAACUCCCAAUAGCUCUGCUGGGUUGGAUGUUGGGGGGCAGGUACCCUGCUGCUCAGACCUGAGCCCUCCAGGCAGCAGAGCCCCACUUGUCCCCUCCCCACCCUGUCUGUUCUUCAGUGGUGGGAGGGAGGGGAGUCCCCAGCCCAAGGAAUAGCUUCUCCAUCUCCCUCCUGCAGGCAGGAGUCACAGAGUCCAGACUCUUCCCUGAGUCCCUGCUUCUCCAAAUCCUAUCUUCAGGGAAUUAAGCUCCAGCCCAGGACUAGAUAGAGUGAGCAUGAUGCAGAGUGUGCCUUGCCAGCCCCAGCCUUGAGAUGAUUUCCUGUUACUUUGAAGACUACUAAGUCCUUUUACUACUGCCCAGUGGGAUGGGACCCAAACAUCUCCCGGGGGGGGGUGUGUGUGUC